AUGGAUGUUCUAUCAACUAUAAGAACAUUGAUGAACCAAAAUGGUUUACAAUCAGUAUUUAUUAUGACUUGUGUCGGUAGUAUAAAAGCAAUGCGAUUACGUAUGGCUAGUACAACUGAUGUAAUAGAUUUGACAACACCACAUGAAAUUGUUAGUUUGGUUGGAACAUUGGAUAGUGAAGGACAGCAUAUACAUGGAUCAUUUUCUGAUCGAACUGGACAAGUUGUAGGUGGUCAUGUUCUGGCUGAGAAUCCAAUGAUUGUCUUUACUACUGUUGAAAUUGUUUUGGCCGAAUGUGAGAACGUAACCUUUACGAGAGAAAUGUGCAAUGAAAGUGGUUAUCCUGAAUUGGUUAUCAAUAAAAAAACUUUAGACAAAUAA